GUAAGCUCUCAGAUUGGUUAAAAUGAGCGGUGUGCCUAGCGUUUUAAUUAUCGGAGCUGGUGCUGCAGGAGUAGCGGCCGCUACGAGGCUCCUAGAGAACGGAAUUGACAAUAUAAAAAUUUUAGAAGCGGAAAAUCGGAUCGGCGGUCGAAUAUAUUCGCUGGAAUUCGACGGAGUUUUCAUCGAUUUGGGCGGGCAAUGGGUGCACGGAGAAAAAGGAAAUAUUGUCUACGAAAUGGUUAAAGAUUUAGGUUUGUUACACACAUCGUUCAAUAACUACGAAGACAAUACUUUCUACAUGUCCAACGGUGAAAACGUUAAUAAAAACAUUACCGAUCGCUUAUUCCAAAUCGGCUUAAGCAUCAUCGAGGAUAGCGAAUGCGCCAUUCAACAUCCAGGACCAUACGGAAAUUAUUUCAUCAAGAUCUACAAAGAAAAGGUAUCGGAAGAGUUCAAAGACGACGCAUCAGCGUUAGAACUAGCCGCGUGUGUUCAAGAUUGGUUCCACAAGUUCUGCAUCUGCUUGGAUUCGGCGAAAUCUUGGUACGAGAUCUCCACUCUCGGAGCGGCCUGCAGGUUCGAGUACUGCGAGGGCGACCAGCAACUAAACUGGGGCGAACGGGGCUUCAAAACUAUUUUAGACGUGUUAAUGAAAAAAAUCCCCGACGCUUCCAAGCAGCUCCACCUCGACGAUAAAAUCCUGCUGAAGAAAGUGGUCAAGAAGAUCCAGUGGGGAGAUUCCGAGCAAACAGUAACGUGCGAGGAUGGAUCGGUGUUUACUGCGGAUCAUGUGAUCAUCACUUGUUCUGUAGGAGUCCUGAAAACCACUUACAGGAGCCUUUUUGAUCCUGCAUUACCUUCGUACAAAGUGAACUCCAUCGAGCACAUCUCCAUGGGAACUGUUAAUAAGAUACUACUCAGGUUUCCGAGGAAAUGGUGGCCGGAGGAUACGAAAGGCUUCAGCUUGCUGUGGACGGAUGAAGAUAGGAAGAAUUUGGUUAACGAAAUUCCCUCUUUAGGUCCUGUAGAUGAGGAUGGCCGGUCCUGGUUAGAGGACGUCUUCGGUUUUUAUGUAAUUGAUAACCAUCCGAGGAUAUUACUAGGCUGGGUGGUGGGGAAAAUGGCCGCGGAAGUCGAGCAUUGCACCGAUGAAGAUGUCACGCAAGGUUGCAUGGCGCUGCUGAGGAAAUUCGUUGGUAAUAAAUACGAUAUACCAACACCUGACGCGAUAUUAAGAUCGUCCUGGAACAGCAAUCCGCACUUUUGUGGCUCGUACGUUUACUCUAGUAUUGAGCAAGACGAGUAUAAUGCAUCUUCUGAGGACUUAGCGAGGCCAAUCGUGUCGGAAAAAUCGAAAAAACCCGUUCUACUUUUCGCAGGAGAAGCCACAAGUACCAACCAUUAUUCAACAGUAAACGGAGCGAUCGAAACCGGCUACAGAGAGGCUGAUAGGUUAAUUGAAUUUUAUAAAUAAAUGUAAACAUAAA